ACAACACUAUGAAGAAACCUUACGAUUUACGAAAUCGAACUAAAGUUGAUGUGCUAAAAUAUUGUUUGUGGAUCCUAAAUAAUAUAUUUUUCUAUUGAAUACGAGUUUGUAAUAGGUAUCAAAACAAUAAUUAUGUUUCAAAAAUAAAUAACAGUUCAGCUAUUUCGCAAGCAAGUGCCGUAAUAAGAAGCUUGCGUGAGAAAUAAAAAAUGUUACCGGGAAUUGGGGUUUUUGGAACUGGGGCUAUUGCAAAGGUUUUGGUGCCAUUUUUAAGAGAAAAAGGAUUUCCAGUUGAAGCCAUAUGGGGAGUGACUCUACAGGAAGCAGAAUUAGCUGCUAAAGAGCUUAAAAUCCCGUUUUUUACAAAUAAAAUUGACGAUGUUUUGUUGAAGAAGAAUGUCAGCCUCGUAUUUAUUGUUUGUGCGCCGAAUUUGCACGCCCAAAUAUCAGUAAAGGCACUGGGAAUAGGCAAGCAUGUUGUUUGCGACAAACCAGCGGGGCUGUGCCAGGCAGAGGCCCUCAAAAUGGUGCGUGCUGCUCAGUACUAUCCUACUCUGAUAUCCAUAGUCAAUCAUUCCUUGCGUUUCUUGCCCGCAUUUAGUCACAUGAAGAAGUCUAUUCAAGAUGGCUAUUUGGGGAACCCUGAUGAACUCACCUUGAUUGAUGUGAGAGUGCAGAUGGGUCCGCUCAUAAGUGACACCUACAACUGGUUGUGUGAUGAUACUAUGGGAGGAGGUACACUAACAUUAGUUGGUAGUCAUGUUAUAGAUCUAGUAUCAUAUCUGACCGGCCAGAAAGUAGUCAAAGUACAUGGAGUUUUGAGGACUUUUGUAGAAGAAACUAGUAAAGUGAACGGUAUAAGGAAGAUAACCGCUCCAGAUUUUUGUACAUUCCAAUUGCAAAUGGAUAAGGGUUUGUUAGUUACUGCUACAUUGAAUAAUCACCUACCUGGGCCUUGUUUCAAUCAGGAAAUUUAUGUGUGUAGCAAGAAGGGGUACCUGGUUGUGAAAGGUGGAGACCUCCAUGGUAAAUUACAUAAAUCUAAUGGCAAGACCACAGAGGAUGAAGGCAAGAGGCCUCAUGAUAAGGAAGAGGUCAUAUAUGUUGAUGUUGAAGAUCUGAGCUGCGCUUCUAGUGUGGUACCUAAGCCUUACAUAAAAGGGCUGUGUAAGAUGAUAAGUGCUUUAAAAGAGGCAUUCCUACCUGUGAAGGAACAAAUGGACUGGGUAAAAGAACCUGUAAAGUCUGCAGCAACAUUUGAAGAUGGACAAAGAGUACAAGCAACCAUGGAGGCUUUACGUCAAUCUAAUGAGGAUGGGUGUUGGACAUCAGUACAACUCCUCACAGAGCCUCCAGACCCAAAUCCGGCAUUGUCAGCCGCUGUGAGACGCACUGCCAUAUCUCUACAAUAGAUUAUGCAUUUUAAUGUAUUGAUAUGCCAUUAUAAUGUACCUUUUUUGUUGUUAGCGUGCUUUGUUGCAUAUAAUUAUAAGUCAAAUAAGUACCUAGAUAAUAAGGUUUGAUAUCUGAAAUUAACUCAGUAUUACCUUUAAACAUUAUCCACAGUGUUUAGUCACAACAAGUUAUUAAUAUGCUUAGCAAUGUACUUAUUAACAUGUUAUUUCAAGCUUGCCAUGAUUAUGUAAAUCUAUUCAUUCAUUGUUCUUGUGCUGCACUUGGAUUUAGUCUAAACUCACAAAUAAGUCUGAAAUUGAAAUAUUAUAAAAGCAGAAGAUACAGAAAGCGGACCCUGUCACAAGACAGGAUAAACGCUAAGAAUAAGAAGAUAAAAGCAGAUGUGUAUUGGUUUGUAUCUUUUUGUACAAAGGCUGAACCAAUUGAGAUUUAAAUGGUGUAUGAAGUAACUGUAACCAACCAUACCAUUCAGACCGCUUUUAUUAGGGGUCUAUAUUUAGGGGAUACCUACGGCAGAAAAAGCUAGAUUUAUUUUUAUUUGAAAAUGUAAAAUAUGUAAUUCCUUUCUAAUUACGAUGCAUGUCUACUUCUGUACAGAUAUUGUAUUUACUGUGAUUUAAAUUAAAAAUGUAUUUCGGUUGUACAAAAGAUGACUUGUGUGAAAUACAAUAUUUUAUACUAC